UUGGGGAUUGGGGAUUGGGGAAUCCACCAUAUAGCCGACUGUAAGCUGCAUGGUUAAUGUGUCCCAAACUAGCCAUGAAGAACCGUGUGGAUUUAAUAUUUGGAAGACUUAUUUACUUCUUGACGGGGCAUUUUCUCUAGAAUAUAACAUUCGAUCGAUUUCACGUACAUCUCUUUUACUCUUUGUCACCUUCAACACAUAACAGUUCUGUACCCAUUGAAACCCCAGAUCACACAAACACUCUGCAUUGAAGCUGCAAUGGUUACCAAAAGUCGCCAUUCUGAUCUAGACCUUCCGAGCGUUGAUAUCUUCACUUUCUUGUUCAAGCGUACAAACCGGAAGUUUCCAGAUAGUCACCCAAUCUUUCGCGACGGUCUCACCGAUAAGACGUAUACCUUUGGCGAUGUGCAGCAGUUUGCCGAAGAUUUCGGAAAGGGAUUGAGGUCUCAAUAUGAUUGGCAGAAGGGAGAUGUGCUAGCGAUCUCCUCGUUAAGCGACAUCGACAUGCCUCCUAUAAUCUUUGGGACUCUUUGGGCUGGAGGAACAGUCUCGACUGCAAACCCAGGGUACACUGUCAGAGAGAUUUCUCACCAGCUUCAAGAUAGCGGCGCCAAAUGUGUCGUCACGCACUAUUCCAACAUCGAGACAGUCAAGGAAGCUUGUGGUACCGUAGGCAUUGCAGACGACCACAUUAUCAUCCUAGGAGACAAGAAAGACUCGACGGGGCGCUUCAAACAUUGGACGAGUGUCUGCGAUCUUGGCAAGGCAACGCGGUUUGCAGCGCAGAAGUUGGAUCCCAAGAACGACGCUGCCUUUCUCGUCUAUUCGUCGGGAACCACUGGCAAACCGAAAGGUGUCAAACUCUCCCAUUACAAUAUUACUUCCAACGUCCUCCAGCUGCAGGUAGCGGAAAGGUUCAAUCUGACCUGGGAUGGAAGCCAAACUACUAGGGACAUUCCGCUGCCAGAACCAAGGACGGGAGGCGACAAGAUCCUGGCAUGUCUCCCGUUUUUCCACAUCUACGGGCUGAACGUUCUCGCCCUUAGUCCCCUCUACUCGGGUGUUACUACUAUUGUGUUGUCUCGAUUCGAUGUUGACACAUGGUGCCAGUUGGUACAAAAACACAAGAUCACUUACUCUUAUGUAGUGCCUCCCAUUGUUUUGUACCUAGCUAAGCAUCCUACUGUCUCAUCGUACGACCUCUCCAGUCUACGCAUGACCCAAUCAGGCGCCGCUCCCCUAACCCGCGAGCUUAUUGAACAGGUCUAUAAGAGGCUAGGUAUCCGUAUCAAGCAGGGCUACGGAUUAUCUGAGACCAGUCCUUGUUUAUACCAGGGUGCAUGGGAUUCUUGGGAUGUUGACAUUGGCACUUGUGGCGCCCUACUGCCCAAUUUGAUGGUCAAAAUAUGCGAGCCCUUCGACAAUUCAAGCGGGGACGCUGCGGCAGCCAUACCUCGGGAGCUCGGACUAGGUGAGACAGGAGAACUGCACGUGAAGGGCCCAAACGUAUUCGAAGGCUACCACGGUAAUCCUAAAGCCACAGCCGAAUGCCUUUCCUCUGACGGAUGGUUCCGCACAGGAGACGUAGGCUACAUCAAUGAACGGGGUAAUCUCUUCAUCACCGACCGAGUUAAAGAACUCAUUAAGUACAAGGGGUUCCAAGUGCCGCCUGCGGAGCUCGAAGGUUACCUAGUUGACUUCCCAGGCGUAGUCGAUUGCGCCGUGAUAGGUAUCUACAACAAAGAGCUAGCCACCGAAGUUCCACGAGCGUACGUCGUCACAGAAAAUCCAUUGAAGCCGCUGGAUAUACAAGAGUUACAGAGGUGGUUUAGCAGUCGUGUAGCUAACCACAAGAAGCUGAGAGGUGGGAUUCGAUUGGUAGAGCAGAUUCCAAAGAAUUCGAGUGGAAAGAUCUUAAGAAAGGAUCUGAAAGCGAUGGCGCUUGCGGAGUCCGAGGCAAUUCUUGCAAGGUUGUAAACGUGCAAAUCAGUAGGCCGAUGUUGUUAAGACAUCAUAGUGUCGAUAGUCACUGGGGAGGUUUUCGGUGCUUGUUCAUAGACUUGUAGCAAUAUAAAU